GCCCGGGAGUGGGGUCAGUGCGUAGGAAUCCGGCAUAGCGGCUUGCGGCUGCCCAAGGAGAGGACCGCGAACGGCUUGUGAAGAGCUUCAUUCACCUCUUGUCCACUUUCUCUUUUCCCCGACUCUUACUCUGCCCGACCUGGCCAGGUCCAUCACAAAAAAAAACCGCAGUGCUUUGGAGGGACGGGAUCCUUGAGUCAACGACACACCGCUCUAUAAACCACGCCUUGCGCGUCGUCCUGUACGCAUUCACCGGCUGCUAGAAGCCAAGCACGACAGCUUCCACGUCCCAGCAGUCCCGUUCUCCGUGGCCUUUUCCCCGCCCUCCACGAAACGUCUACCGCACCCUCUCCCGACUCGCCAUCGCUGCCUCCCCUCCAUCCUUGCCAUCGCCGUCGCCGAAAACCGCCCGCCAUGGACCAGCGAGAGCUCGACACCCGGGUCAAGGCCCUGCACAAGGCCUCCCAGACCAAUGAGCCGGCAGCCAACAUUAUCGCCCUCAUCGAGUCGCUCAAGAAGGCAUCGCCGACCGAGGAGAUGCUGCGCACUACCAAGGCGGGCAUUGUUGUCGGCAAACUACGCGGGAAUGCCAAUAAGGACAUCGCACGAAUCGCCACCGAAGUGGUUGCGAAAUGGCGGAAGGGCAUCGAGGCUGAGAAGCGGGCCAAGGGUCUACAACCGGGCAAGUCCCACAGCACGCCCUCUCCUGCAGCCAAGGCCGUUUCGCCCGCCCCGAAGCCUCUGGUCGGCAAUACCAAGGUCUACGAGGGCGACAUAGAGAAGCGCACCUUCAAGGCCGACAAGGUAGACGUCGACCGCACCGGCUCCCAGGUCCGCAACAAUUGCAUCGGCCUCAUCUACAACGGCCUCGCCUACCGCUCGCACGAGUCUGCGGAUAAUGUCGUGAUGCGCGCCGUCGAGGUUGAGCAGGCCGCCUUCAAGGCCUACAAGGGGGAGACGAAGGAGUACAAGGACAAGAUCCGCUCGCUGUUCCAGAACCUCAAGGUCAAGACCAACGCCGAGCUCGGCAGGAAGGUCAUGGCCGGCAAGAUCACAGCCGACAGCUUCGUCACCAUGUCCUCGGCCGAGCUCAUGUCCCAGCAGCAGCGCCAGGCCAACGCCCAGCUCGAGCUCGAGAACAUGAAGAAGGCGCAGGUGCCCAUGGCCGAGAAGAGCAUCAGCGACAGCCUCGAGUGUAGCGGCUGUAAGAAGAAGAUGGUCAGCUAUACUCAGGCCCAAACCCGAAGCGCCGACGAACCGAUGACGACCUUCUGCGAGUGUAUGAACUGCGGAAAACGUUGGAAGUUCUCUUAAGGUUACGUGUUCGCUUCUGCUAGCGCGCCCCGCCUCAUUCGGCCUGUGAGGGGAAGGGAUUCAAGGGGAGUAAUGAAUUGCGAGUAUGGGAUUUCUCACGAGGUUGAUUACGUGUCACACGCUGCAACAUAGACGGCAGGUGGACUCAUGGUAGGCGUAUUCGAGUUUAGGGCGACGGCUGGGAUCUUGUUUCUCCUAAUCCACUGUUU